CCUAUCCAGAGGACGUUAUUUUCGGGGGGUAUUGAACAAACGCGGACGAUCAGGUGAGCCACGCGAUUUAUUCAGGCUUUGCUAGAUCUUCAUGAACGCAUAUGCAUCACCAACAACAUGGUUGCGACAUUCCUGCCAAUAUUUAGGUCUUGUGCGCAUGGACUCACUGCUGAGCAGGCAGUUCCGCUAAAAAUUAUAUUCUUGAACCAGCAGUUCUUCAUUUUCUUGUUGCUUGUGCUUGUCCAAGUGUUUUGUGAAGAAAAUACGACACUUACGCUCCUGUCAGCGCCCUUCAAGACCUCAGAAAAUGAACCAACGAACAUGCCAAGCUCAUUCACCACUUCCGAAGCACCGACGUCUUUAGGAAAGGUUAAUAAGUCACACCUGCUAAUGUUCAUAACGUCUAACGCGGCUUCGGGUGCGCGAACUCUUUUGAACUUUUCGGGAACAUCGAAAUUACCAGGAACCAUUGGUAAACAAACCGCGACAAAGACGAAGCUGACUGCCACCUUGGAGCAUGCCACAUCUUCGAUAAAGCCAAAGUUGAUUGAAAGGGCGCAUGAGAUGAAUACAGAAAAAGAAGCAGUAACCAGUUCAACACGGCCAACCUCCAGAAGUUUAAUAGACAUAAUGCCUACAGAGGUCCUCGGAUAUAUUAACACUUCAUCGUCAGCCUUACCAGAGAUGGAGCCGACACCGAAGAGGUCAAAAUUUCUCAGUGAUAUUCAGACCUACAUCAAGCAGCUGAUGUCUACAGUAGGAAGCGAAUUGACCCGGAAUCUACUGAAAGCCGACUUAUCUACUGACUGCACUGUCGGCUUGCUGCACUUUACAAGAGCCAUCCAGGAUCUAGAGCCCUGGGCCUUGCGAUUAAUCGACGCCACGGCCAAGUAUCCCACUGGCUUGCUACAGGGCACCAUGUCCGAUCUGGGAGCCUACGAUGAGUGCAUCGAGACUGUGGUGCAAGACGAGUACGGAGCUACAACUGUGCGUGGCCAGUACUGCGACGUGCAUCUGUCAAUAUUAGACCAAGAAGCAUACAAUCAAGUUACGCUGCAGGCCAUCAUAAACUUCAACAAAAGGAUGGCAAGGUUCAAGUCCUACUUGACAGAUAAGAAUCUGCCUGGAAUACGACUCGGUGUCUGCGUCAUCGAUGCUUGUAGAGAACAAGACCUAGCCAACAUUGGCAGCGUUCUUGCAGGAUCUUUCAUGAAGGUUACCGUGAAGGACUGCGUGACAAAUGUGUAUGAAGGAAUGAGCUUCGUUCAAGCCUGCAUAAUCGCAUUCUUGGUUGUUCUCGCAGCAGUUAUUGCUAGUGGAACAAUCUUUGAAUUAUUUGCCAAAAACUGGGAUUGUGAACGCAAUAAAGCCACUUUUUACAAGUGCGUCAGUGCCUUCUCGCUCGUGAGCAACAGUAACCGAAUUCUGCAAAUCAUGGAGGAGGACAAUCCCGAAAAACGGCGCUACAGGUUUGCGUACGGCCUUCGUUUCUUGAGCAUGUUCUGGAUUUGUCUGGGACAUUCAUAUGGUAUGAUCAACGAAAACAUCACAAGAAUCUUCAAUGCUGUGUACAUCUUUGAAACCUGGGAGUCACCUAUCAUAUCAGCAGCGUUCAUGGCUGUAGACACAUUUUUCUUUAUGAGUGGGUACUUGCUGUACCUCACUCUCAGCAAGCAGAAGGGAAAUCGGGCCAUCAUUGCGGUUGUAGCGAUUAUUAGGCGGUUUAUAAGGUAA